AUGGCAGACUUGGCGCUCUCUGGCUUAAGGUGGCCAGCAUCGCCAAUCAUCAACAAGCUCCUAGCUGAUGCUACAGAUUACCUCAGCGUGGACUUGGUGCGUGAGCUCCAAAAACUAGAAGCCACUGUCCUGCCACAGUUUGACCUGGUGAUUCGAGCGGCAGAGAAGAGCUCCCACAGGGGCAAGCUGGAGGCAUGGAUCCGGAGGCUCAAAGAAGCCUUCUAUGAUGCUGAGGACCUGCUGGAUGAGCAUGAGUACAACCUCCUCAAGCGCAAGGCAAAGAGUGGGAAGGAUCCCAUGGUAGGGGAGGAUGAAGCCUCCUCCAUUGCAUCGACCAUCAUGAAGCCACUUCGUGCUGCUAAGAGUAGGGCACGCAACUUGUUGCCAGAGAACAGAAAGCUAAUUAACAAGAUGAAAGAACUCAAGGAUAUCCUGCUUGAAGCCAAGGAGCUUCGCGAUCUUCUUGGCUUACCACAUGGCAAUACCGUCGACUGGACACCAGCUGUACCUGGAACCGUUGUUCCUACAACAACAUCACUUCCCACUUCAAAGGUUUUCGGUCGCGACAGAGAUCGUGAUCGUAUAGUUGAUUUUCUUCUCGGCAACACGACAACUGAAGAGGCAAGUUCAUCGAGGUACUCAAGUUUGGCCAUUGUUGGAACGGGAGGAAUGGGGAAGUCCACCUUAGCACAGUAUGUCUAUAAUGACAGGAGGAUUGAAGAAUGCUUUGACGUCAGGAUGUGGAUCUGCAUCUCACGCAAACUUGAUGUGCGACGUCACACACAGGAGAUCAUCGAGUCUGCGAAAAAGGGGGAGUGCCCAUGUGUUGAUAAUCUUGAUACUCUCCAGUGCAAACUACGAGACAUACUGCAACAGUCACAGAAAUUCCUACUUGUCUUGGAUGAUGUUUGGUUUGAAAAAUCUCAUAAUGAGACAGAGUGGGAGCAACUCCUGGCUCCAUUAGUCUCUAAACAGUCGGGAAGCAGAGUUUUGGUGACUUCUCGAGGUGAAAUGCUCCCGGCCGCUGUAUGCUGUGAACAAGUUGUUCGUUUGGAAAACAUGGAUGAUGCUGAGUUCUUGGGUCUCUUUAAACACCAUGCUUUCUCUGGAGUAGAAAUUCAAGACCAGCUGUUGCGCACAAAGCUAGAACAUAUUGCUGAGGAGAUUGCUAAAAGGCUUGGAAAAUGUCCUUUGGCAGCAAAAGUUCUGGGUUCCAGAUUGAGCAGAAAAAAAGAUAUCACUGAAUGGAAAGCUGCACUAAAGCUCAACGAUUUAAGUGAGCCCUUCACAUCUCUGUUGUGGAGUUAUGAGAAGUUAGAUCCACGUCUACAAAGGUGCUUCUUGUAUUGCAGCUUAUUUCCAAAAGGACAUAGAUAUAGACCUGAUGAGUUGGUUCACCUUUGGGUGGCAGAAGGCUUUGUUGAUUCGUGCAAUAUGAGUAGGAGGACAAUGGAAGAUGUUGGGAGGGAUUACUUGAAUGAGAUGGUCUCUGGAUCUUUCUUCCAAUCGGUUUCUGAAAGGUAUUGCUAUGUCAUGCAUGACAUCCUUCAUGAUUUGGCAGAGUCACUCUCUAGAGAAGACUGCUUCAGAUUAGAAGAUGAUAAUAUGACAGAAAUACCAUGCACUAUUCGACAUUUAUCUGUUUCUGUUGAGAGUAUGCAAAGGCAUAAUCAAAUUAUCUACAAGCUACAGCAUUUACACACUGUUAUCUGCAUCGAUCCACUAAUGGAUAAUGCAACUGUUAUUUUUGAUCAGAUACUGCAGAACCUGAAGAAGGUGCGUGUAUUGCAUUUGUCAUUUUACAACAGCAGCAUGUUACCUGAAUCUGUUGGUGAGCUGAAGCACCUUCGGUAUUUGGACCUCACAAUGACAACGAUUUCUGAAUUGCCUAGAUCAUUAUGUGCUCUUUACCACUUACAGUUACUUCGGUUAAACGACAGUGUGGGGAGGUUGCCUGACAAAGUUUGUAAUUUGAGUAAGUUACGGCAUCUGGAAGGGUGCAACGAUCAAAUUCCCAACAUUGGCAAGCUUACUUCGUUACAACCGAUAUAUGUCUUUUCUGUGCAAAAGAAGCAAGGAUAUGAGUUGCGACAGCUGAAGGACUUGAAUGAGCUUGGUGGCAGUUUAACAGUAAAAAAUCUUGAGAAUGUCAUUGGAAAGGAUGAAGCCUUAGAGUCGAAGCUGUAUCAGAAAUAUCGCCUUAAAGUGUUGACGCUUGAGUGGAGUUCCGAGGAUGGCAUGGAUGCAAUGGAUAUUCUGCAUUUGGAUAUUCUAGAAGGUCUGAGACCGCCACCCCAACUGAGUGAGCUCACAAUCAACGGUUACAAAUCUGGCACAUAUCCUAGGUGGUUACUUGAGCGAUCCUAUUUUGAAAAUUUGGAAAGGUUUGAGCUUGAUCACUGCAGCUUGCUAGAAGGCCUACCACCAGAUACAGAGCUCCUUCAGCAUUGCUCUUGUCUGUAUCUACGGGACGUUCCAAAUUUGAAGACAUUAUCAUGUAUUCCAGCAAGCCUUACAGAUUUGUCAAUCCACAGCUGCCCACUGCUUACAUUUGUCACCAAAAAUCAGCUCGAGCAACAUGACUUGAGGGAAAAUAUAAUGAAGGCAGAUGACCUGGCGUCUAAACUUUCAUCGAUGUGGGAGGUGGAUUCAGGAUCACGUAUUAGGAGCGUACUAUCAGUGGACACUUCAUCCCUGAAGCAGUUGACAGCGCAGAUGGGUGAUGAUAUAUCACAUCAUCUUCAAAUUAUUGAAAGUGGCCUAGAGGAAGGAGAUAUAAUAUCGGUGAAAGAAAAUAUCAUCAAGGCUUGGCUUUUUGCCAUGAGCAGAGGAUAA